UUGGUUUGGUGGGCAACAUGAUAUUGUUAAAGUUUUUCCUCUCUCAAAUUCAUGAUUCGAGCCGUGGCUUGUUCCCUUGGUUGACAGCUCUCAGUUCGAUACGAAUUACAUGAACGAUCCACAAUUCCACAUAGCAAAUCGAACCAGCUAGAUCAUCGGUUUAUCAGUUUUUUGGUCAAACCAGCUGAUCCGGUUCGAUUCUGAUAACAUAGGGACUCCAUAAUUUGUACGUGACGUCAACUUGGGGAGUUUGGAAGUACAAUCAUAAAUACGAGGAAAAGGGUCAAACUUGAAAAAAAAACAAAAACCUUGGGAAAAAAGUAGCGGCAGCCUCGUACGUCCCCUCCGUUUUAUGGGACGACAGCAACAUUAACAAACCCCAAAACAUAGUUCCUAUUAUUCAUUAAAACCUUCUGCUCCCAACAAUCUUUGCUCUUUUUGCUGAAUCCUGCCCUUUGUUUCUAGGUCAUUGCAAAGCAAAUUUGAUUGGGAACCAGCAGAGAUAACCAUGUCUUCAUCUUUUCCUGUUCUUCCUACAUCUGCAGCGCAGGCUUCAUCAAUAAAUUCCAACAUCAGAAGUGUUGGUCAUAUGUUCUCAACCCCUGCUGAUUUCCCUGAUGAUGGCGUGCCAUUUCCCACCGCUUCCGAAAUCCAUGCAACAACACAAGCUUCUCAGCCGCUGCGACAAAUUGAUGAUGUUUCCUGGGGAGCGGAUCUGUUCGACAAUAUUCUUUUGUUUCCUGAUAAUAACAACGCUCCUUUCCAGAAUGAUCAUACAGUGUAUAGUGCUCCAUUCUCAUCCAGUGAUAAUCCAAAGGCUGUUGAUUUUGAGUGGGUUGAUCCCUUCAUGUCUGAUGAUGAUCCUCUUCAGCUAAAUUGGAACCAGUUUGUCAGUGAUACCAAUGUAGCAGAGCCAAAACCAAAGGAAAGUCAGUUAUCAAUACAGCAGCAAGUGCCAUCUGUUGAAGCUAACGGUCUUCCAGACUCGGUCUCCACCACACCCCAAACUAAGCAAAGAAUGCGUUGGACUCCGGAGCUUCAUGAGGCCUUUGUAGAGGCAGUGAAUCAGCUUGGUGGUAGUGAGAAGGCUACUCCAAAAGGAGUCUUGAACCUAAUGAAAGUUGAAGGCCUUACCAUAUAUCAUGUGAAAAGCCACCUUCAGGUGGUUGUUUUUAUAUCUUUUUCCUUUUUAACUCUUAUGAGGACGUGUAUUUAUUUAUCAAUUGUUUUUUUUUUUUUUUAUGCCCGAUACAAACCUGAGCCAUCAGAAGGAGCUCCUGAGAAAAAGUUGAUGGAUUCAAUUGAAGAAAUGAAUCCUCUAGACUUAAAAACGAGUAAGGGGAUAACUGAAGCAUUGAGGUUGCAGAUGGAACUUCAAAAGCGGCUUCAUGAACAACUUGAGAUACAAAGAAAGUUGCAGAUUCAAAUUGAAGACCAAGGGAAGCGUCUUCAGAUGAUGUUUGAAAAACAGAUAGAGGGCUCGUCCUCUGCUCCAAUAUCAAGCACGGGGCAACAUACAAAUGAAAAUUCAGAACCCCAGAACGACGACAAUGAUAAACAGGAACAGGGAGACGAGCAGUUGGUUGCGCCUCCCCCAAAACGGGUUAAAAGUUUAUGAAAGUUAGAACUAUUUGUUUUUCUUCGAACUUUUGAAGGUCUUAGAGUUAAUGAUUGUAGGGGGAUAACGUGAUGGUAACUUUCCCGUUCUGCUUGUGACUUUGGAUUCUUGAAUCAGUAAUUUGGUUUCAACAUUAUGAUUGGUUACUUGAUCUGGGGUGAAUUUUAGCAAUUGGAAAAAUUUUACUUCAGAGAUUUGUUGUAUAUUCUUGGAAUAUUUAAUAGUAACUUCUAGAAUCUUAUUGGGUUUCAACUAGAAUCAUUACCGAGUUA